AUGUAUAUUCCACAUCUUUCCUCCACCCUCAACGCCCCAACUCUUACCGUCCGCGCGGAAUCCCCUCCGAAAUCCUUCUCCAGCGAAGGAUUCUGGGAAGUGCAGUUUAAUUUCUGGGGAACCAUCCUCGCGUUCAUCGUCGCCAUCGCCAUUAUCACUGGACUUUUGACAUGGUGUUUAGUAUGUCGCGGCAAGCGGAUACAGAAGAGACUCGCCAAAGCCAAGGAAAAGGAACGGGAAGAGGAAGAGAGAGCGAAGAAUGAAAUGAUGGGAAAGGUUUUGGGAGACGGCGCAAACGGGGUCGCGAGAAACGGGAGUAAACUGGGCGUGGGCAGGAAUGGGACAGUGAGGAAAAGUGAGAUUAGCAGACCAUUUCCAGCGAGGUCAAGGAGCUCAGGGAGCGUGGAUUCGACGGAUGAGAAGAGAGAGUUGGAGAUGGAGUAUGAGAGACAGAGUGGAAGGGAUAAUUACUGGUCUGAGAAGGCGGCUUGGAAAGAAGAGACGGUGGGGACCGAGAGUACGGUUCCGUCGUAUCAUUCGAGGGAGAGGAGUGGGGAUGAGGAGAAGCGUGAGUGGAGGACGGAGAGUCUAAGAGGGAGUGAUACUGUAGGAAGUGGAAAUGCAAGUUCGACGACUGUGAAUGGAAACGCAAAUGCAAAUCCAUGGCAUAGGAUCGAGGUUAAUGGAUCGGUGUAUAUGGGCCGAGAAAGAGGUGAUUCCGCUUGUUUAGAAGAUAAAGAGAUCAAAUUUGUGUAG